AUGUCAAUAACAGCCCUCGAAUUCUUCUCCGGCCUCGGCGGCCUCCACUACGGCCUCGAGUUCGCGCACCCCUCCUCCAAAGUCGUCGCCGCAUUCGACAUCAACCUGCACGCCAACGCCUGCUACACGCACAAUUUCUCCCUCAAACCCAGCGACACCUCCAUCGACCGCCUCACCGCGGCCCACCUCGACAAAUUCAACGCAAACUGCUGGCUGCUCUCCCCGCCAUGCCAGCCAUACACCCAGGGCGGCAAAUCGCUGGAUGAGAGGGAUACGCGCGCCGAGGGGCUGUUGAGGCUUGUAACGCUGUUGGGGGAAGUGAGGAGGAGGCCGGAGUUUGUGUUUUUGGAGAAUGUGCCGAAUUUUGAGAAAUCGACCAGCAGGGCGAUGUUGGUGAAUAAGCUGGAUGAGCUCCGGUAUGAGAUCCAUGAGUUUUUGGUCUCGCCGUUGCAGAUUGGGAUCCCGAAUGAUCGAAGGCGGUAUUAUUUGACUGCCCGGCUACGCUCUUCCGACACACCUUCCGACCCCCCAACAAUACCCUACAUCGAGCGAGCAACAAUCCACACAGAACCGCGCAUCCCAUCAAAAGCAUUACCCACGCCCGACGUAGAUGUCGACCCGCUGAGCGCGUACCUGGAAGACUUGACGGAGGAUGAGGAGGCCGCGUACCUUAUACCCGAACAUUUUGUGACGAAGAGGCAUGGGUAUCGGUUCGAUAUCGUCCAACCGACUUCACAACGCAGCGCUUGUUUCACCAAGGCCUACGGCUCACACCACGUCAUCGGCAGCGGAUCUUUCCUACAGACCCGCGACUUCAACAAACAAAUCGACCCAGCAUCCCACCCCGCAGUCCUCUCUCUCCGCCCGCGCUUCUUCACACCCACGGAAGUUGCGAGGUUGCACGCUUUCCCUGUUGAUUCGUCACCAUCAUCUUCCUCGCCAUCGAAUACUGAUGAUUCGGCAGGGAUGGAGAGACACGGAUUCAGUUUCCCAGCCUCGAUAACCCUCGCGCAGAAAUGGCGCUUGUUGGGGAAUUCGUUGAAUGUGAGGGUUGUGGGGGUUUUGAUGCGGGAUGUGCUGUUUCGGUGAUUUGCGUCGAAACUUCCGAGACAAAAUAGAUAUUAGUAGACUCCUGAUUCUCGUUAAUGAGUAGAGCUACCGUAUGUAGAAGCACAUUGCAUCACGGGAUUAGUAAACAUCGGAGAUUCAGAAUGUAAUUUAUGAUACAUUUUUGUCCCGUCACCAACCCAGUCCAUGCCGCACCAUCACAAAUGCACCCACUUGUCCAGUGACCCAUCAAAAAUGAAAAGGCGGGUAUCCACCAAUUUCACAACCAAUGUUCCUUCCACACACUCCUCACGAGGAAGGAGAGGUAUAACCCCCCGGUCUAGGCGGCAACACCGGCUUCCCCUGCCCCCCCUGCCCACCCUCCUCGCCCACAGC